UGAUAAAGGUGUCAGAAUUAAUUGGGAAAAAUACAAGAUUAGUUUGCUGAAAAUGAUAAUGUGGGUUUUUGUGGAGCUGUGAAAACAAUAUGCAAAGGUUACGUUGCUAAACGAAUGAGUUCUAUAAUAGCUUCUUACUUAGAAGCAUAUCAAGUUUUGACCCGAAAGGUAAUUUAGGCCACUUUCAAAUAUUUUGUGCGAGAAUUCUGAAUUUUUAAAAUUUUUAUCUUUCUAAGGCACUUAUGCAUACUUCCAAUCAUAAUGACCGUUCUUAUUCUAGGUACCAUCGAGGCAAGCCUUAAUGGAAAACUCAGCUUGGAAUUCGCCAUGGCUGGAACCUGGAGGAAUCCUUUUAAAUUCGAAUACCUUGCUCUUGCCAACUUGAAUCUUGCGAUAGGCAUAUCUGUUGGUGGUGGAGGUGUACUUCCAACUUUUCAAUUUGGAGGAACUGUUUGGGUUGGUGUGAUAGAAGCUGGCUCCAAUGAUCAUGCUAUCAAGAUUUCAAUCUACUUUGGUAUCGAUUUCAAUAAUCCAGAUGACAAUUAUAUCUUUGGGUCUGUUAACAAGUUUACUCUGAGUCAAAUUUUCAAAGCAUUCAAGUUGGGUAAACCUAAAGUUCCUAGAGUGGUAGCAGAAAGCGGAUUUCCAGAAGGAUUAACGGUUUCAUACAGUAUGGAAGGGGAGACAAUUGAAGCACUCGAUUUGAAUAUACAAAAGGGUCUAUAUCUCAAAGGGACAUUAAACUUUCUUGGUUUUAAAGUUUGUGCCGAAAUUCUUAUAAGCCCUCCAGAAAAACUUCUCAUCGACGUAGCACUUUCUCCAAUUUCCUGGGCCGGAGGGCUGAUAACCCUGCAAAGGAAUGAAACAGAUGGAGUCAACGGCCCUAAGGCGUUUAUUUACCUCAAGCCAGAUUCAGUGACUGUCCAGAUUGAGGGCUAUAUAUCGUUACUUGGAAUCUCAAAAUAUGUUUAUAUAGACGUUUCAGACACUGGGUUCAAAUUUCAGAUGACAACCGAUAUAUGGGGAAUGAUUCGCUCAGAUUUGGUUGUACAAGCUGCUUAUGGAAAUUUGGCAGCGCUUCAUUUUUCCUUUGUGGCAAAUGUCAAAAUAGACUUCCAUUUGAGACAAAUCGCUGAUGCUGCGAUAAAAUAUCUAGACAAGGCCAAAGAUAUUGCAGUUAAGAAACUAGAAGAGGCCCAAAGAAGAGUUGCAGAUGCUCAAAAAAAAGUUGAAAAUGCUGAGAAGAAAAUGGAUGGCUGGAAAAAGUCGAUUGACGAUUAUCAGAACAGACUCAGAAAAAGGGCGGCAGAAAUUGAAGAAGCGAAGAAAGAGUUUGCAAAAAGUUGCAAAAGUGAAUGCGGUGAUGUUUGCAUACCGUUCUUGGACUGGAAGUCAGAAUGCUUCAAGAUCUGGUGGUGGUGGGUUGGCUGCCCAACUUGGAACAACUGCAAAUGGAAAGCUCCAAACGUUAUUUGCAUUGCUGCUUGCGAGAUUAAGAAGGCGGCCAAAAAGUUCGUUGCAUGGGCAGAACAGACUGGCAUUAAGAUAUUGAUUGGACUAUCAGAGGUAGGAAAAGGUCUUAUUGACGUGGGAAAAGGCUUCGUGACAAUGGCUAAGCAUUUAGUUGGAUUUGCUAUUGAUAUUCUGAAGUUCGUGCAAGAUGUAGUAAAAGUUGGAAUUGAAAUUUCGAAAAAUAUCAUGAAUUGGGUUGGGGAUAAUUUGUUUAAAGUUGAACUGCUAGAACUAAGAGGCAAGCUCACUAGUGACUUCAAUGCAUGCGUUGGUAUAACAUGCAAAUUCGUCAUUUUUGGAUUGAAGGCUGAUUACACUGGUGACUUGUGCGUUAAUUUGAAGUUCUGGGAGAACCUUGCUGCCGAUACGGUAGAGGAAAAGUACAAGGGGACGAAGAAAAUGAUCCAAAAAGUGCCAAACAUUGAUGGAAAAGCAAGGGAGUUUGAAAAUAAUAAGAAUGACUUGGGCAAGAAAGAAGAAGACAUAGAGAAGGAUGUGAAAAAAGAGACAAAGGAUCGCCGGAAGAGAGACUAUGUUCCUACAGCUGAGGAAAUGUAUUAUAGAAGACUUGCAGAGGAGCCCUUGCCAGCAAUUGUGACAAGAAGUGCAUCUACUGUUAACGCCUUUAAGAAUGGCGCACCUUGGGUUUUGGUGGAAGGUUUUGACAAAAGCAACUUUGAUCACACACCUCUGGAGGACUCAAAUAUUCCAGCCGAGAAAAGGACUCUCCAUGAAGAUUGGCAUAAGCAUCAUGCGAAACCAUGCUUGCAGAUCAGCAAAGUUAUUGACAAAUACAGCAUGAUUGCCGAUGGACUAAGGUCACUGCAUGAUUCGAUGAUUAAUGUUCGUGAGGGUUACCAAGCAACAAAAAGGACUAUGCAGCAAGGUGUUGAUGACUUGAGACGUGAGAUAACGUCCACAGAAAUGAAGCACAACAUGACACACGAAGAACAAGAGGAUCUCUAUCAUUGGUAUAACAAAGCAAAAGAUGGCACAAAGAAAUGGAAUUAUAAGGCAAGACACCUAAUGGCAGAUGAACACAGUCUCAUGCUGCCAAGAUUCAGAAGUCAAAUUGAACACAUAUUGAAGAAGGAAAAAGACCAGAACUUCCUUGGGUAUAUGAAUGAACUACACGAAGUCGGGCAAGCUGCAUUUAAGAGAUCAAACAUUCCUUCUGAGAGCACCGUCACUGCUGCCAAAGAGCUUCGCAGAAUCAAAAAGGAUCUCAUUGACUUGGUUCACAGUGAUGAAUCAAACCAGCCGAGGUUCGGUGCUAAAGUCAGAAGCAUACAAACAAACAUUCGUGGACUGAAAAGGUCUAUGGAAAGGUGCAAUUAGAUUGCAAUCAGUUUUGAUAGCAUCAACAAAGUGUUAACUGGAAUGAAAGUGUAUGCUAUUUCAUUACAAAGUUGUUUGUGUGGGUACAUGAAACAAAUGAUACGAAGCAGGGUAUCCUUACUUUUCCUACUCACUUUACAUCUUUUUGCAGAGACAGAAUUAAGAACAUUACACGGUUUUCGACAUUUUUCCGUCAAAAAAAUUUGUUACAUACGGGGAAGUCUUUUGUCAGAAUUCCAAAUGUCUAGUGUUCCUCUUUAACCAUUAGUAGGGCAAAGUAGGGUAGGCGAAAAAAAACGAAUUGAUAAUAGUGUGCUUGUGGCACCUGAUAAAUUUGAAAUCAUCGUGUAAACGGGGCCUUAGUCAAGAUCUUGUACCUCUUUGUCUUACAGAAGCCUUUAAAAGUCUUCUGCAAAACCCAAAAGACCAGUUGUACAUCUGUUGGUGGAAAAGAAAGGAAGAAAUAAACGUGAAGCAGAUAAAGCCUUUACCAAGGGGUCUCCUUGCAGGCACGGUUAUAAAUUCCACUGGGCACUGUACACAUUUCCUGCUUUCAAUAACCCGAGGCUGACUCGAUUUCUAAAAUGAUGACUCGACUUCUAAAAACUUAACAGGGUCGUUUUCUUAAUAUAUGAUGACUAUAGUCUUGUCUGGAUUCACUCUUGUUCAUCUAAAUUGACAAGAGACCCUUUUGUUUAGAAGUCUUCCACUGAAUAUAAACUAAUAUAGCCACCUGACUACUUUCAAACUUGUGGAAGCCCUGCUUUAUGGCAACAUCAAGAAAUCAUGACACUGAAGAAAUAGUUAAGGUAGGACAUCUGACCGUACUGAUACGCUUUCGCUACAGGAUGCUUAGGUUCUGUGUUUUCUAACAUGAUUUUCGAAAAUUUUCUUCUGUGGCUUCUUCAAAAGAACAUGAAUCAACGUUGCUGAAUUGUUGAGACUAUGAAAGCAUCCACUGUUUGGCAUUUCUUGUUGUUUAUUAAAAAGGUUUAAUCGGAAAUCGAGAUACUUUUGAAAGACUGACGUAUCUCGACUCGGUUUGCUGUUCUAUAUGCCCCGCCAUAUGGGACAAAAGUCUAUUAUACAAAAUAUGUGGUGUGAUUGUAAAUAUAUUGUUUAAAUCUAAUAUAAAUCUGUUGUACAAUUCAUAUCGACGUUACUUCAUUUAACUUAAAGCGUGCCCUCUUGACAUUUAUAAAUUGUUUUCGGAAAUUUCAGAAAUAUAAGGUCUGAAUUUGUUUGCAAAUAUAUAGGGUCUAAGCGCAAAUUAUAUGCGCAAUGACAGUUCCCGCCAAAACAUAUUGUGCCUCCAACUUGUGAAUUUGCUAAUUUCCAACUUGUGACCUUACUCUCUGAAAUAGGAUCUGGUUUGCUCGCACAACUUGGUCUGCCUUUGAGUCGGCCAACAAAAUGGCUUCUUUCACACGGAAUUUGUUUCCACCGUUGCCAUUGUGGUGGAAGCUUGAGCAACGACUUCCCCAAGAAGAUGGGCUAGUUUAUGGUAUUGUGGGCACAAAACUAAGCCAUUUCAUGCUGAUAUUGGAAGCAUUCGCAGCCAUUUUGUGCAACGUGCAAUGUGUAAAUCGAGUCAGAUUUGGCGGGAAAUGUCACUACGCAUAUCGUUCGCGCUUAGACCUUAUAUAUUUGCAAACAAAUUCAGACCUUAUAUAUUUGCAAACAAAUUCAGACCUUAUAUAUUUGCAAACAAAUUCAGACCUUAUAUAUUCGCAAACAAAUUCAGCCCUUAUAUAUUUGCAAACAAAUUCAGACCUUAUAUAUCUGAAAUUUCCGACCACAAUUUAUAAAUGUCAAGUGGACACGCUUUAAGUUAGGAGAAAUAACGUCGAUAUGAAUUGUUCAACAGAUUUAUAUUAGAUUUAAACAAUACAUUUACAAUGUACAAUGCAAUUACAUCAUAUAUUUUUUACAAUAGGCUUUGGUCCCAUAUGGCGGGGCAUAGGCCCCCUUACAGAUCAUCUAAUAAGUGUUCUUCAAAAGAGGGGGUAUCAAAUUCACACAGCUAAGCUAGUGGAGCGUAUCUCAUAGGGUAGGGGUUUAGAAGAGUGGCAUCUUUAUCAAGAUAGGAUUUGCUGUAAUACUCUCUCAUGUUUGUCGUGUACAGUUCUACAAUAAAAAUUAAUAAAGACAAAGAAACGCUAAAUGACCUAAGCCAUAGCGUGUGUCAGAAAAAUGUUUAUUUGUCAUAUUGUGGUCGAUAAAACCACUCUGCCUUCGUAAGUCUCUUAAUUGAUCGUUAGGACCGGCAUAACGUCAACGAAAACAAGGUCCUGACGACGAAGACCCAAUGGCCAAUCUUCUAGGGAUAAAUGGCAGGCCUAUGUACAAAUUACAUUCUGCUUUUAUGUAGCAGAGUCUGCUAAUCGUAAUAUCAAAACUUUUCCACAGAGUCACUGUGGGUUGCUGUGGGUUGCUGUGGGUCGCUCUGGUUCCCUUUGGGUCGCUCUGGGUCGCU